AUGCAGCACGGCCCGAGCCAUCGCGCUGUGGAGUAUGCUAAAGCAAUGGCUCCGGAUCCCUUCCCACAGGACAGAUUAGACUUCCAGAAACGCGGUUUCCUCGAUAAACAAUACGAAGAGCUUGAACCCUUGCGAUGCGAAGACAAGCGCCACAACGGCUACUGCAACUGCGUUCAUCGCUUUAUCAUCUCCAGUGGAGACGUCCCUAGCGCAGAUAACUUCUACAUGGGGCAACGAGACAACUGCCAGCAGUCUGCUAUCGAGCGCUUCCGGCGAAUAAUAAGUAUUCACAACGAAGCACACAAUUUGAAGAACACUAGGAAUCCUGUGGCAGGGCGAAAGUACUCAGAGGCGUUUAGCGAGUUUGUGACUGUCCACAAGAAGGAACUUACCCAAAACAAACUUUGCAAGAAAGCGAUCACAAAAGUUCUCCACUGCUCUUUGAACUUCCUCUAUCGCGAUCAGAAUAACAACAAGCGUCGAGUCCCUCGCAUUGAAGAACUUCACGGCAAGCGAUGCUGCGAUAAAGAGUGUCUAUCUCGUGUGAUACGCGAGAAUGAAACCCUUAUCCGGGGUCUUCUUCAGGAAAUGGAGAAUAAUCAAGCUAACGAGACGAAGCGAAAAGUUUUUUACCAGCUAAGAAGAAAUUCUCUUUGUCUCAAAGCAAUCGGCGAGAUAACUGGGCAGUCGAAAGCGACGCUGAACUCACUCAACUCGAAAGAGCCAACGGAUGCGAUAACCCACAAGCUGAAAGACAUUCGAAAGACAAGCAACCGGACCCAAACCAUAGUUGUGAAGCCAGAGCCAGGCGUCCCUGAGGCGCCUCUUUAUCCAUCUGUGGCUCAGGCACCUGCUGAUCCGAUAGUACGAGCGCCAACGACUUCUAACUGCUUGAAGGCUCCUUUUAUACCCACCGCACUUUCUCCGACCGUUCAAAAUAAUCUUCAGAGGAAGAGUGUUAUCACCCAAAUCACCACUGGAUCGUCCAGCGAUGAUGAGGACAUUCGCGCAAGCGUUCCAACCGCCGCUCCUCGCGAUAGAUUAGAGGGCAUUUCUGAUUCUCGGGAAGUUCCUCCCAUCACUUUUCCGCCACAUUUUUAUCCUCCGCAUUUUUACGGUUCGCCGAAUAUUAUAUCGCCAAGUAUCUGCCCAGAAAUCAGUCCCGGUAUUCGAAGCCCGUCGUUGAAGACUGCUCUUUGCCCCGGGAAGAGAAAAAAACAGAUGCCAGGUCUUGCGCCGAUAGACGGCAAAGAAUCUCCUUCCUACAAAGGAAAGUCUUCAUUACUCGAGUAUUCCGCGCUCAGAAAGCCUACAGAAGAUCCUCUUUGGCUGAAGAUUGAUACUGGAAUAUCUCCUCUAAAAAAGCCUCUGCCUGUGAAUCCGAUUGAAAAUUCGGAAGAGAACUCACGGAAAAUUCGGGGAGAAUUCGAGGAGACACGUACUCCGAAGACGAUAGAUAUAAACACUCCGAGUUUCAAACCGAAAGCGGAGAACAACACUCCAUCAAUUUUCAACUAUCCCGACACACACUAG